CACUGUUAUGAAGUAUGGCUUCCCCUCGCCAGCAUGCGACUGUCAGUAAGUAGCAGUGUGAGAACGACUUUGACAAAAAGAAAGCAGAGGUGAGGAGUUUGACUGCGGCGUGGCGCGGUGGAAGAGUUGCCGUGCGCAACCCGAGGGUCCCUGGUUCAAUCCCCACCUAGUACCAACUUCGUCACGUCCGUUGUGUCCUGAGCAGAGGACCUCCGUCAGCGUCCCACAUCGGUGUAAAAAAGGUGCGCUCCACAACGGAUCCUAUCAGCUCCUCGGAAAAAGCAUCCUUGGCAGCCCGUCUGGCACGGUGGGAUAUCGCUUCAUCUCUGGAGUCUCAUGGCGGCCCAUGGUCUGAUCCGACUGCGCCCCCUGCUGUGUGGGAGCCUGCUGCGAGCGCUCGGGCGUCCCCCCAGGGUGGAGCCCACAUCCUUGCUCCCCGGCGCCCCCUGCCUCCCCGCCGCUGCACGCGCUCGACUCUACGCCACCAAGAAGGCUAAAGCCAAGACCAAGGGACAGUCCUCCAAAGUGAACAUCAGCGCCGCCCUGGUGGAGGACAUCAUCAGUCUGGAGGAAGUGAAGGAGGAAAUGACGGGGGUUCUGAGCACGCUCAAAGACGACUUCAUACGCAACCUGGGCAUCCGAACCUCACCAGGAGCUCUGGACCACAUCAUGGUGUUAACCCAGGACGGGAAGUUCCCUCUGAACCAUCUGGGCCAGGUCUCCAUGAAAUCCCCUCAGAUGAUCCUGGUCAACAUGAGCAGCUUCCCUGAGGCGACAGCGGCGGCCGCCCGUGCCCUGAGAGAAAGCAGCAUGAAGCUGAACCCCGAGGUGGACGGCUCCUUCAUCAAGGUGCUGGUCCCUAAAGUGACGCGCGAGCACAGAGAGAACUUGGUGAAGACGGCCAAGGAGUUGAGCAACAAGGCCAAAGACUCGCUGAGGAGGGUUCGCUCCAGCGCGGUGGCACAGGUGAAAAAGGCCAAGGAGGGACACUCGGAGGACGUUUUGAGGCUGGUGGAGAAACAGAUUCAGCAAAUGGCCGAGUCCUUCUCGGCAGACGUGGACAACCACCUGGCAGUGAAGACCAAGGAGCUGCUCGGCUGAACCGACACCAGGGAUGCACCGGAGGACGAUAUUUGACAAUCUCACCUGUAUCGCCAUCGGCCUUUUUCUAGUCAGUAUCGGCUUUUUUUGGGGGGUGGGGGGGUUUUGUCCCCCGACCACAACAGAAGGACAUUGUCAGAUACAAUAAGUCCACAUGACAGAUCUACUUAGUAUUCACACAAUAAAUACAAAAUAACCCGUUUUUUUUUACAUUCAUUUAUUCAUCAAAAAAAUAAUUUUCCCCAAAUAUGUUCUGAUGUAGGACCUUGCCUGGCCACGCCCCCUUGUCACUCCGUCUAAUGCAGUGCGUCGCCGCCGCUCGCGUGUACUUUUCUGGCCGGGGAAAUCCGGUUUUUGUUUUUCUUUCUCGCCGCAGUCGUCCGCGACUCGAUGGAACGACGCGGCAAGAGAAGGACGACACGAGAGAUAUCGCCGGGGAAAAUGUGAGUAAACAUGUUGACAAAUAUGAGAGGAUUAUAGAAGUCAAGAAGGCGAGGCAGCAGCUCACACAUUCUCAUACUUUCUGUAACAUCCAGGAAGAAAUGUCUCAACUAUAAACUCAAUUGGUUUUUAUUUCAAUGUUGACAUUAUUUUUAGAAGCCAUCAAGUGACAUAAAAUUGACUAAAUGGAGAGUAAUAAAUGCCAUAUAUUUACCAA